AUGACGACUGCAAAACACGACAUAGGAUUUGGCCGAUUUGAGACCGAACGACGUUAUGACCGUAACGAGUCUUCAGCUCAGGGUUUGUGUUUGGUGCGAAUCAGUAAAAGCGUUGCUAACGUUUCAAGAGCUGGAACUUUCGUUUUAACUGUAUCCCAAAAUGUUAGCCUGACUUUUCAAACCCAGAGGCGCUAUGGGGAGAUACGAUGGCGGCACGUUGGAGGCGGUACUAUCUUGUUGGCAAACGUCAACUCUUUGGUGGCUCUCGCGCGCACUGGCAGUCCAGCGGAGCUUCACACAAACAGCGGGACGCUCCGCGCGGAAAACCCACCCGGGCACCAUGGUUCCUGCCGUUAUGCUGCACGUUAUGUCCUGAAUGCACAUCAACAACAACAGGCCCAAACCAUGAGAGGCGUCCUGAAGAGAAAGCUAGAUGAGAUUCCCGACUACUCCUCCUCAUCUCCUCCGUCCUCCCUCUCCUCCACCGCCUCCUCGGAGUGGGAGUCCGAUGGGGAGAGCGGCACUGACCACCCGGGUCUCCCGCUCGGCGGCCCCCCAUCACACGCCACGGUUCGGUCCAUCCUGAAGCGGCCCGGCUUCGCAAGUGCACAAAACAACGUGCGCUUUGACCGGGUCACCGUGUUCGGCUUCCCGCGCUGCCAGGGCUUCAGCAGCGUGCCCAGCCACGGGGGCGCCACCCUGGGCAUGGCGCGGCGGCACAGCCACCGGCAGAGCUACACGCUGGCGGAGCACGCGCUGGAGCGCCGGCACGCUCGCAGAGAGAGGCUCCGGGAGAGGCGGAGGACAGAGAGGCUGGAGGCGCUGAAACGCAACUUUAUCACAGCGGGGAAUUGACCAGAAGAGGAAAACGGUUCUGGGGACCAGAUCCCGGAUGAAGACGGCGACGUCCAAGUCAUUGAGGCCCAGCUGGGGGACGCCGGCUUCCUUCAGCCGUACUCCUCCAAACAGGGGAAGACUCUGCUGCAGGCGGCGGGGGUGAAGCGCGUAGACCGGGAGGAGAAGAGGCAGCUCCACGCCCUGCGCGUCUCCAGGGAGGCCUGCGGGUGUGACUGCCGAGGCUUUUGUGAGCCGGAGACCUGCGCGUGCAGCCAGGCCGGAAUCACGUGCCAGGUGGACCGCUCAAACUUCCCAUGUGGCUGCACCAAAGAAGGCUGUGGAAACACUCGGGGCCGCAUCGAGUUCAACGCCACACGUGUGCACACUCAUUACCUCCACACCGUCAUGAAACUUGAACUGGAGCGGCGACUGCAGGAUGAAACACCGGGACGAGACGACCAGACGGGACUUCCGGACGACCUUGGAGAAUACGAGGACCAGGACAAGGCCUCUGCGGUGCAGAGCACCCAGGACCAGGGCUGCCCCUUUGGGCUCAUCACGGAGGAAGACGGCCUUCCCCUCACCAUGCCCGCCACGCCUCCCUUCCAUUUCGCGCCAGAGCGGUUGGCGGUGGAGGAGAACAGCUGCAGCAGCGACAUGACUGACUCCUCCUGCUCCUCCUCUGACUCUGACGCAGGACGAGGCCUCAGUGGGAGCCAGAGUCUCCCCGGCGUGGACGCAGGGCUGACGGGUGCUCUCAGCAUCUGUGACUCUGAAAAUGAUAACCACCGGACGCGCAGCCAAACGCAGCACCCGGGAGAAGCACUAACGCAGCACAGCGGCCUUCACCGCGGGGGGCCGCUCACGGCCCACGCAGCCACAGACAGCGUAAGCAGGUCCUCGCAGACCGAUUACCUCGACGAAAAUGCAAACCAAGCCAGAGACUUCUUUGACAGUAACGCUCUCGAGGACUUCCCCAACACCCCCUCCCCCACUGUGGACUCUUUUUCAGGCGGGUACAUGGACCUGAGUCUGUCCUCUGACUCGGACAUGGAGUUCUUUGACAGCGACUACGCCUCCGGGCCUCUACACAGCUCUUUCAAAGUGCACAGACACCCAGACAGCGUUUGCCACCUGCAGCUGUUUAGCUCUGUUCAUUUGCCACGUUACGAGUGGAGCACCGACCUGCUGGAGUCUCUGAUCGGCCUGACGGAGGCCGGCUCGGAGCAGGGUGGUGCCGCCAGUGGCACUCGGCUUUCGUAGCUGACGCCUUCUAGUGAGAAAACUGUCAGAGAAUUUGAUGUGUAGAGCGCUGCUUUAAUGUAUGUGUAUGAACAUGUCGAUGUUUAAAAAAAUGAUAAAAUAUUUAUUCCCCGGCUUUUUAAUAUUUUCAAAAACAACACAUAAUAAUAUAUGUAUUUGUAUUUUAUAAACCUAUGUAAUUGUGUCUUUGCUAUUUAAUUUCUUAUACUAUGGCCACAAAUGAUAUUUGUAUUUGGCCCUGAUGCUUCCAGCCUCAUGGAUGCUCAUUGCAAGCUACAUAGGUUGAAGUCAUAUUUAUUCUAAAGGUCAUAAAGAAGUUCCCAUUACGAAGAGCAUUGGCAGAAUGAUCCACUUACAAGAAUGAAAUAUGUGAUUAAUCCUCCCCAAAAUUGUGAAUACUUUUCUACCGCCUGUCUGAUUGUGGAUUAUCUUGUAUAUGUUUUACAAUAUGUUUGAAACAAUUCUGUAUUUUAAUUAUAUAAUAAAACUUUUUUCCAACUGA